AUGAAUUAAUUAUAAAUCUCAACUUAAGAAAUUAGUAAAUACAAAGACACGAUUACUUAAUUUCUAAAAGAUAAUACUCUAUAUGAUUGUUUAGCCCAUCACAAUUAAGUAUCAGUAUGAUUAAAUAAAAAGUUGAUCGUAUUAGAUUAGACAUUCACUUGUUGGGAAGUAUUUUAGAUCUUUGUUGAGGAGAACUUAGAAGAAACGUUAUUUUGGAAUUCUGACAUUUCCAAUUAUGAUGGUGUAUUCUCACACUCAGAUUUAAUAAAAGUACUAUUGAAAUUAUACGAAAAUGCAUAUAACAAUAAAUCUUCAUGUAUAAAAUUAAAUUUAAUUAAGUAUAACAGUCUGGCCCCUUAUUUAAUGUAAUUGAAGAGGAAAGUGAAGAUUAAGAAGAAAGUAUCUAGAAGAUUCAAUCAUAGAAAUAAUAACCAAGUGAAUUGAACGAUGAUUAAAAAUUAAGAUUAAUUUAUGAAAUGAAAACUAUUUCCAUAAGAUAAUGGAAUCGCAUAUUGAAAGAUGAUGUAAUUACUCAUUUUUAUUGAAAAUAGUUGGAAUCUUCAAUUGGAUUUGUUCAAGGAAGAAAUGAUGAAAGGUUAUAUGAUGCUUGUGUCAAAAUAGUGAAGUCUGGUACUAGUCGACUUUUUGUUGUUGAUCCAGAGACAUUAAUGUUUCAAGGAGUUAUUCAUUAAAAGGACAUAUUGUCAUUUUUAAUUAAAGGCUUUACUUAAUAUUUAGGAGCAAUAUUAAAAUAAUAAAAUAACAUUUUAUCUUAACAUUAAAUAAGUAUUAAAGUAUUUUUUUCUACUUACAAUCGAUCAAAAGAAAUUAUAACUUGUAAAGAGAAUGAAACCGUUUAUUAGUAUCUAUUUAAUUUUAAACAAGAGUAUUUUAUACUAUGAUGCAUAAUCAUAAAUCUUAUGUUAUCCCUAUUGUUAACAAUAAUGAUUAAUAUCUUGGAUAAAUUAACAGAAGAGACAUUAUUUUGAUCAUAAAAAAUGGGUUAUUUGAAUUGGUAAAUUAUCUUAAUUGAAAAAUAGUUUUCUUAGACAGCGUCUUAAUUAUUAGUGUUCUUGUCAAAUGAAAAAGCAAGAAUACCUGCUUAUUUAUACUAUUCUAAACAAUUUUUUAGUAUGGAUUAAACUAUAAAAGAAGUAAUCAAAUUUAUUUGAUUAGGUUGUUGAAAAUCUAGUUUUAUCAGACAGUUCCGCUUUGAUUUGUUUAGCUGAAAACAAAUAAAUUUAAGCUAUUAUUACAAUUUCAGAUAUUUUGAGAUUUAUAUUGAAAGAUGCUUAUUGA